AUGAACUAUCGGAAUCCUAUUACGGAAUCCGCAGAAGACGAGAUACUUGCCUCCAGCCAGGAGACGAGUAAGAGUACUACCGGACAUACCAACCAAAGUAUACCGGUAGAUACAGCAGUAAAAGCCCCUGAUAUAAGGGAGGAAGCGUCCACCUCCAAGGCUGCCAUGAGCACCAACCAAAGUGCACUGGCGGCUAAAGGAGAAAACAGAAAGAAGCGCAAGAAAUCCCAGAAUCAGCUGAGGAAAAACCGGUACCAGAGGGCAGUCUUCAUACUAGGGAAGAUAGCCAAAGACCAGGCAGCCGGUACCCCAGUUGAUGAGGCCGAAACAAAGCGCCUCAAAUCUAUCGUAGAGGAAUAUGAAGGCUACCUGAAAAGGAAGCAAUCACAACCUCAAGAAGAGAGCAAGCGAGAGAGCACUUCUCAGAAGAGAAAUCGCUCCAUCACAGAAGUACCCGGAACUCAGCCCAAAAAACCGAGGCGAAGCGAAGGUGAACACAGCAGCACAACAACGGCAAGGCAUUUCUGCGAUGUUGCCAGAGAUAGCCUGCAGGUGGCCAUCAUAGACGGAAAUUCCUCCUCUCCGAGCACAAUGCAGGAGAGAUGGGUGGAGAUCGACGUCAGAUUGUCGAGUAUGGUGCUAAGCUAUGUACUCGACAAUCCUGCGGGUCCUCACCCGGAGUUUGACUCUUCUGAGACCCUCAGGGGCUACAGGGUCAUCAAGUGCGCGGACCAGGCCUCGCUGGAUUUCCUGACGGGUAGUGUGGCUAAAAUUAGCAACGCCUUUGUAGGCCUCCAUUUGAGGCUUAUACCCGCCAAGGACAUUCCGAAGAGACCUCGUGCUCGCAUUUGGUUACCCCCUCUAGAGGAGCCAGGCGAAAAACUCCUGCGGUGCAUUAAGCUGCAGAACAAAUCUAUACCUAGUAUAGAUGAGUGGCAGCUAAUCAAGGAGGAAAAACCGAAUAAAGCAAGCAAGCCAAUACUAGUGGCCAUUUGUGAUGAGUCCAUUGAGGCUCUGAAGAAGACUGACUACAAAAUCAGCUUCGGAAUCCGCAAAGCCAGACUAAAAAUAUUCCAAGGCGACAAAGCGGCUGACGAAGACGACACGGAAGAGGUCGACGACGCCAGCCAGUUGCUAAAGAAUGUGGGCAUCGAAGAAACCCGAGAUGCCCAAUAACAUAAGAUGCGUGCAGAUAAACCUGCAGCACUCGAAGAGUGCUACAGCGAAUCUGACAACCCUCGUGAAUGAGGGGGGCAUCGACAUCAGCCUAGUACAGGAGCCCUGGGUCAAUGAAGAUACCAUUAAAGGGCUAAACAGCAGCAACCAUAACCUGUUUUACACACGGAACAGAGCACAGCAGAUAUCACAGUGGUAAAGGUGGAACAGAAGGAUAAGCCCUUCUUCUUGGUCUCGGCCUACUUGGCCCAUGACGAAGACAUACCACCGGCCCCGCUCACCAGACUAGUAGAGGAGAACAGGAAGGAAGAUGUCCUAAUAGGGUGUGAUGCAAACGCAAGGCACACCGUAUGGGGUAGCUCCAGUAUAAACACCAGAGGUGAGUCACUCUUGCAGUAUAUUUUGAAUAGUAAUCUAAGUAUUUGCAACAAGGGCGAUAAGCCAACUUUUAUUUUCCCAAGCUCGGAUAGGUUUCCGGGGUGGGAGGAAGUGCUUGACCUCACGCUAUCAACAGACACAGACAGUCUCGUUGUGGAUAACUGGAGGGUAUCCGAUGAGCCUUC